GUUAGGUUCCCUCCCUCUGGGGCACCUGGCACUGGCCACUGUCAGAAGAGGGGAUACUGGGCUGGAUGGACCUUUGGCCUGACCCAGUACGGCCAGUCUUCUGAGCUUACCCGUCUGAGCGGCCGGCGGUCAGGGCCAGGGGCAGGUGAGCGCCACAGAGAAGACGAAGGGGCGGGGAAAGGCACAGCCAGCCCUGGGGCGGCCUGGCGGCAGCAGCGAGUGAGAGCAGCUGCCGCAGGAAGCGGCCGCCGCAGCGCCACUUUCCUUUCCCCCCGCCAGCGCCCGGAGCCGCCGCCGCCGCCUGCGCAGCCAUGACCCGGCCCUUCUCCCUGGCCGAGUGUGACGCGCUCGGCUUCGAUCUGGACCACACGCUGUGUCGCUACAACCUCCCCGAGAGCGCCCGGCUUAUAUAUGAUAGUUUUGCCCGCUACCUGGUAACCGAGAAGGGUUAUGAUAAAGAAUUGCUGACUGUAACUCCAGAAAGCUGGGACUUUUGCUGUAAAGGGUUGGCAUUGGAUCUGGAAGAUGGAAACUUUUUUAAGCUUGCUGGAGAUGGAACAAUUUUGAGGGCAAGCCACGGUACGAAGAGUAUGACUCCUGAAGAGAUCUUGGAAAUUUAUGGCAGGAGGGAAUGGAAACACUUUAAAACAUUCAGUGGAAUGGUUUCCCGCUCAGCUAAAUAUUAUUACUAUGAUAAUUAUUUUGACCUGCCAGGAGCCCUUCUUUGUGCAAGGAUUGUGGAUUGUUUAGAUAAGCAUGACAGACAGACAAAAUACAACUUUUGGAAGGAUGUGAUUGCUGCUAUACAGCAUAACUAUAAAACCUCAGCUUUUAAAGAAAACGGUGGGGCAUAUUUCCCAGAAGUGAAAAAUGAUCCAGCCAAAUAUUUACAAAGUUGCCCUGAGUCUGUAAAAAAGUGGCUGAGGCAACUGAAAAAUGCUGGGAAGGUCCUGCUAUUGAUUACCAGCUCUCACAGUGACUACUGCAGACUCCUGUGUGAACACAUCCUUGGGAAUGAUUUUGCAGAGCUUUUUGACAUUGUGAUCACAAAUGCAUUGAAACCUGGCUUCUUCUCUCAUACGCCAAACCAAAGACCUUUCCGAACUCUUGAGAAUGAUGAGGAGCAGGAAGCUCUGCCAUCCUUGGACAAGCCUGGCUGGUAUUCCCAAGGUAAUGCUACCCAUCUUUAUGAACUGCUGAAGAAGAUGACGGGCAAGCCAGAACCUAAGGUUGUUUAUUUUGGUGACAGCAUGCAUUCAGAUAUUUUCCCAGCCCGUCACUAUAGCAACUGGGAGACGGUCUUCAUCUUAGAGGAGCUUAGAGGGGAUGAAGUUAUGAUGCUUGUGGAGACUGAGCCUGAGCCCUUGGAGAAGAAAGGAAAAUAUGAGGGACAUCACCCAAAAGCUCCUUAUUCAGUAUCUAAACAGUGGGGUUCUUUCUUUGUGGACAGCAUCUCAGGAUUGGAAAGUACAGAGGAAACCUUAACUGACACAUGGUCUUGCAAAUGUAUCAGUGCUUAUAGCACUAUUGCAAUUCCAAGUAUUGAAGCAAUAGCAGAUUUACCACUGGAUUAUAGAUUUACCCGAUUUUCCUCAAAUAGCUUGGAAACUGCUGGUUACUAUCCGAAACCUCCGAGGGUAUUACUAUCAAAUGGUGAGCCAGUGACUACAAAAUAGAUCAUAUCCCCCUUUUUCCUCACAUACCCUUGUAGUCCUUAACUAACUGCUGUCAGAUGCUAAUUGGUGAAAAUACCAUGCAAUGCUCCAUAAAAUCAAGUGAUGAAUUAAAAAAUGGACCCACAUGCAGACUUGUGUUUUACUAUAGUACAACUGGAACAGAGGAGCACUGAGUACUUAUCUAUACAUCUUCCUACCAAGCUACCUCUCAGAAGUGCAUUGAAACUAAUUCAUCCCAAAUUACAUGCUAAAUUCACACCAUUUUGAAGGACACUGUCUACAUUCCCUAUUUAAGGCCACAGCAACCUCCACUGCUACAGCAGUGUGUGAGAGAGCUGAUUAAGGAGGGCAUAAAAAUAGGACAACACACAGUAUCAAAUGCUGUUUAGGAUUAUAUUUACAGUUAAAGUUACCUUAUGUAUAAGUUACAUUUUAUCUUUACAUAAGUCCCCCCAUUAUCACAGUACCUGAGUGAUAUAAUACAAUCUGUAAUACAUUUAUUGUCUCAACACCCCUGGGAGGGAAGGCAGUGCUAUUUUCCCCAUUUACAGAUGGGGAACUGAGGCACAGCAAUACUAAGGUCUAAAUUUUUAAGGUAUUUAGGUAUUGCUCUGCUCAGUGUUGCAAGCCUACAUGAUUUAAGAGCCUAAGUUUUAUUUUCAAAGGUGACUUAGGCACUUAGCCUAAAUUCCAUUGACUUUCAAUGAGAAUUAGUCUCCUAAGUCACUUAGGGCAUGUCUAUGCUGCAGUUAGACACCUGCAGCUGCCCUGUGCCAACUGAUCAGGCUCUCGGGGCUCAGGCUAAAGACCUGUUUAAUUGUAGUGCAGACAUUCAGGCUCAGGCUGCGGUCCAAGCUCUGGGACCCUCCCACCGCACAGGGCCCAGAUCCCAGCCUCCAGCCCAAUCCUGAACAUGUACACAGCAAUUAAACAGCCCCUUAGUGUGAGCCUGAGUCAGCUUGCAUGGGCCAGCAGUGGGUUUUUAAUUGCAGUGUAGACAUACCCUUUUGACCAGAUUUUUAAAGGUAUUUAGGCAUCUAAAGAUGCAGAUAGGUGCCUAGUGGGAUUUUUAAAUGCACAUUGGCACCUAACUCCCAUUUAUCUCAAAAGCAACCAGUAUAGAUUAUACCAGUUCCCCUAAUGAAAUAAGCCGCCCCAGCAAUAGGAUUUGUUUGCUAGUAUAACUGCAUUUAUACUAGAGGUUUUGCCAGUAUAACUGUGUUGGUCAUGGGUGUAAUUUUUUUCACACUCCUAAUGGAUAUAACCAUGCUGGCAAAACUUUUAAAUGCAGGCCGGGUGCUAGGCUAGCCACUGGACCAUCCAUCUCAGUCCAGAGUAACUAGUUGAUAAGAGUGAAGUUACUCCAAAUUUACCCUGGUUUAAUAGACCAGAAUUUGGCCAUUUAUUUCAAAAGCAACAUGUCUGACUAUCUAUAACUCCCAGGCACAAGGCAGUAGCAGAAUAUCAGAUAAACUUCCUUAGAGGACUGGAUGGCUAUUUCAAUUAGCAAUAAUCUUUCACUUCUAGACUUCCGGUUUGAAACAAACAACUGUCGUUGUUAUCUUAUGUCUGCCUGACGGUCUACAUGAAAUAAAUUAGUAGCUUGACUCCAGUUCACUGCAUGAUCGCAUUCCCACAGGGUAGGACAGUUCAUAUGCAGAAGUCAGAACACAAAAAGAAGCACUAAAUCUUUGUUACACAAAAAUCAGCCUGAACUAUCUUGUUUCUAUAACAUAGAGACAUUUGUUUUAAAUUUAUCGACUCCAGUGUACCCACAAGAUACCUGCGCCUUUUCAGUUGGCUGUGUGCUUAGCACUGGUGGGUUACCGCAAGUCAUACCUAUAAAGAAAAGAAACAAAAAAAGUUUAAAAAAUACAGAAAACAAGAAAUGUAUCCCUUACAGGAAAUAUCGGUUAUAACUAAAAGUGGGAUAAGAGAGUUCUGGUCUCUAAAAGUGCCCUGCUGCUCCCUGUAACCUAUAAGCUAAAAAGCUAGCAAGGCUGGGAUUUUACUCGUUUCUCUUUAGCACCUAAUAAUCCCAGUAAAGGGAAGAACAAUGAUGUUCAGUCUUCUUCCCCCACUCCCCCUCCAAGGGGUCAGAUUUUCAGAUGCUGUAAACUGGCAUAGUUCCUUUGCGUUGAGAAUCUGGCCCCAAGUCUACAAAAUGUCUGUAUUAAGUAGAGAUGGACUCAAGAUAAAAUCUCAGAUUCAGAACUAUGUGAUUGUUUGAAAUCCAAAUCUGGAUCCAGAUACUGAUUUUGCAAAUGAUUUCUAAUUUUAUGGGCCAAACCAAUAUGCUAGCACCUUCAAGCUUUCUAUGUUCUGAUUUGAAUUUUGUUGCAUGGUUCCCUCUCUUGGGUUUUAAGUGUAUAGAGUUAUAAUCCUUAAAACAAUCAUUGGGUCUCAGUGUCUCAACGGAUAAGUAGUAUCUCCUCAUCUAGAAAAUAGUAUGUGCCACAUUCCAAACAACCUAAGUGUAGACUUUACCCUAAGAAACACACACUUCUAUGCAAAUGUGGACUUGUUUAGAAAGAGAGGUAGUGGUGGCUAAUGAUGAAGACUGUCAACACCCAUUCACCCUUGCCUCCUGCUGGAGAUGAGCAGAUGUACACAAUAGCAGAAGCAGUGGUGAAACAACAGAGAGUUGCUGCUGAGUAUGGCUUCAGCUGUGGUUACAUGGAGAAAAGAGAGAGCACCAUACUGCCUUCAGGGCUAAUGGUCUGGGAAUGGGAAGGAAAUACUCUGAGCAGAUGAACCUUGGGAAGGACAAGGGAAGCUCUGGAGAAUAGAGAAUUCUUGAGGGAGUGAUAUGUGAGAUGGGGAGAAGAGAGUCAUUGGACCCAGUGAUGCACUUCGGAGAAUUUCUCUUCUAUUACAGGGUUUUUUGUUAACCUAUAACUUGUCUAAUUUCUGUGGAAUCCAGUUUGAAAGAAUACUGCAGAAUGUUCUUAAAUGCAGUGUCCACAUUACUGUCCUCAGUAUCUGCACGUGGACCCCAGGGCGAUAUGUUUUAAUAGCUAAUUAAAAUUAAUUAAAGUAUCUGGUUGUAUAAACUUGAAAGUAACAGCUUUGCUAAAUAAAACCUCUGUCAACCUUUGUUUUGGUAUAAACCAUGUCCAUUUGAAUUUUAAAAUAAAGACAAUUUAUUUCUGAACAAUUUUCUCA